AUGGCAUCGCUGCGGCCUACUGGCGAACUGAGAGAGCGCGCCGAGCGACGGGAGAAGAAGAGACAGAAGAACAAUGCUGACACGGAAGCCGCCACCCCCAGUGAUUACAUAGACAUGCUGCCGGCGAACCUCUGGCACAAAGUCUUUCUCUACCUGCUGCUUCCGCCAGGCUCCUCCCACCCUGAGACUCCCCUCGUCCGGGGCAGACAAACUACCCCAUGGUAUCUCUCUGCCACAGAGCAACCCACAGCGUGCAAAAACCUGCCCGUGAAAUUUGCGGACCCUAAUUGUUCAGCAGCCGGGCAGCACUGGAAGAACGCGAGGAGCUAUGGCAGUGGGUGGGCGCUGCUGUGCUGUGCCAUGGCCAGCAAGAGGCUCCUCUACCACGUGCUCUCCUUCUCCGCCCACCACCCCAUCGCGCUGGUCUACAACGAGCUGCACCCGCAGUGGAUCAAAAGCGUCACUUUCUUCCUGCGCUGGCGCCGCAGCCUCAGGUCCCUCGCGCUCACCUUCACGCACUUCAAGCAGCUCGACAAACUUCGCUCGCCGCUGAACCGGCCCUUCGCCUCCCUCACCUCGCUCACUCUCAAGCUGCGCAGCACUGUCGACAAAGCCUACCUGAAUUCCGAGGACCCAGUGGACUGGAAUUCCUGGACCCGCACCUUGGACUGCCCGGCUCUGCAGCGGCUGAAGCUCGGCCGGGGCAGGUGGAACCUGCAGCACGGCUGGGCUGAGGGGUUCAAGUCGCUGCGCUGUUUGACUCUCAAACACGUGGAUUGGGAAUUCGCGGAUGUUAAGUAUUUGGGCUCGGUCACACCGCGUCUGACGGAAUUUACUCUCUAUCAUAGCUGGAAUUUGGAGGACCCAUCCCCAGGCCCCGGUGGCGGCGGCACGUUCCGUUUCGACUUAUCGAAAGCUCAAACCGUCCGCUUUUACUUCCCCCAGGGCAGUCUCAAGCUCGUCCUCACCCUCUCUAGCUCGCUCAAGACCUUCUCAGCCAUGGCAAAGAGGCUCGUGCUCUCGUGCAAGACCACCGAACCUCUCGCUCUCCACCACCUCUCGCUGUAUGGCCAGCAGCGGCUUGUCAUCUCCUCCCUCCGCCUCGCUUCCGUACGAGUGGCCUAUCUCAACGGCCCUCCCAAAGACCACCACUCCCACGAUGACCAGCAGAGCAUGCCCCGCCACAGCUCUGCUGAGUUCUCCUGGGUUGAGUGGCUGCGAACAAUAGCGCCAACAGUGGAGGUGCUUAUAGUGAGGCAUGGGGUGCCUGUAGAGGGGGUUGAUGCGGAGUGGAGCAGCCUGCGCAGCCUUGGGAUUGUCGUGGAGAGAGAGGAGCGGUCUGAGGUGGAUUUGAAGGUUGACGAGCGUCGGGAUGAUGAAGCAAAGAAAGGACUUGCCCGAGACCCCUGUGGUGCACGUGAGGAAGGCGAGAAGCGGGGUGCCAUGUGCUUGCUUUGCGGAGAAGCGGCCGAAGAACGUGCGGGAGAAGAUGCACAGUGUGAAUAG